AUGAGUGUGCUGACAAAUAAGAAAUUCAAAAGCCGAAAUAUGAGUCGUAGUAGUACUUCAAUGCCAUCGAUGACUGUGAUCGGCUCUGCUCAACCCGAUGUUGUGAAGAUCAAAGUUUAUAAACCAAGUCUUAAUGGUACUGACAAAUGUUACGAAACGGGUGCAUCGAAAAAGUUCUGUAUCGAUCCGCGACUUGCUUCGUACAGAACAAUUCAAUGUUUGAUUGCUCAGGCAUUUGACAUCCGAACAGAUUUUACCAUCAAUGCCGUCCAAAGAUGUCCAACCAAAGGCUUGAAAAAACAAAUAGCUAUCUGGUCCGAUUGGGAUUUAGAGACUGCGAUCAAGAACGUCAAAUCUGAUUCUUAUCUAAGAUUAAGUUAUGAGUUACCUCCUCGAGAAGACGGAUUGGAAGAUUGGGAUUUCGUUGCACAUAACGAUUUUAGUGCAAAUAUUCGAUGGUUUAACGUUGAUAAACAGUCGAUUAUCGCAACGAUUAAUCCAACGACUGGUAAAAAGCCUUCCGCUCUAAAUAAAGCAAUCAAAUUUUUAGAUUGGAUGUACGGCGGACACGAACGACAUAGCGCCAAACCAGUUUCCGAAGACAGUUUCAAGACGUACAUCGACUCAGAAGAACGUCUGAUCCAUGCAACUGAAUUACGUCAAGCGAUCUACGAAGGUGGCGUUGAACCAUCGUUUCGCAAGACUGUCUGGCAAUAUUUAUUGAAUAUCUUUCCCGGAGAUAUGGCGAGCAAGGAACGUAUUGAAUAUUUGAAAGAUGUUUCAAAUAAAUAUGAGAAAUUGAAAGGACGAUGGAAAGAAGAGAAGAAUCAUAAUGAGCAUAUUCGAAAAUUAAUGCGCUUGAUACAUACCGAUGUACUUCGCACUGAUCGAACAUUUGGUUUCUAUGCCACUUCGGGCGAUACAAAUGUCAAUUUACAAACCCUCUAUCACAUUCUUCUAACAUUCUGCGUUAGCCAUCCGAAUAUACCCUAUUGUCAAGGUAUGAAUGAGUAUGCAUCGACUUUGCUGUAUGUCAUGCGCGAUGAGUCAUUGACUUAUCUAUGCUUUUGUUCGAUCAUGAGACGAAUCCAAACGAACUUUGCCACCGAUGGUGUAGCAAUAGCUACGAAAUUUCAUCAUUUGAAGGUUCUCUUGCAAGCUGUCGAUCCCGUUUACUGGCAUUUUCUUGAAACAUGCGAUGCAGUCAAUCUCUAUUUCGCUUACCGUUGGUUGUUACUCGAAUGCAAACGAGAAUUUCCGUUCCAUGAAGCGUUGCGUGUUCUCGAAGUUAUGUGGGCUACCUUACCUAUUGACCGUGAUCCACCUCAAUUGAGUGAGGCUUCGAUUUUACCUGCAAUAUCAGAUAAUUCCAUUGUGGAUAUGCUAUGUUCAAUACCUUGCCGGCCACCACAACGCCGUGCGUUGAGUUGUCCGCAAUUAUCCGUUAUCAAUGAAUCUUAUUCACGAAAGGGUCGACAUCAUUCAUCGUCAUUUGCUUGUUACGAUGUGAAUGAUCAUUUCUACACAACUCUAUCACGAACGUGCCGUUCAACAUUGGAAAGUGAUGAAUAUCAAAUCUGUUCAUCGACCAAUAACACAUCCAAUUCCACAUCCACACGAUCGCGUGAGAAAAGUUUCGAGAACUCAUUUUCCUUGAGUGAAAUCUCCGAGUUCGAUUCGGAUAAUCUAUCCUUAUGUUCAAGCACAAAUGUUAUGACAACCACUAAAUCUUCUCAAUGUCCAUCGUCAACCGACUGGGUACAACGAUUGCCGCCCAAUAACACUAUUUGGCUCGAAGAGGAAAAUUCCUUUCUCCUAUUUCUUUGCAUUUCCAUUCUAUUAGCUCAUCGUACGCAUUUAUUGAAACAGAAAAAUCUCGAAGAACAAGAUAUCAAUAUACAUUUCGAUCGGUACCGCCGACAAAAUCAUUCCGAUCGAAUUUUACCACGAGCGCGUAAUCUUUAUGCGCAGUAUAUCCAAUACGCAAGAAAGAAACGUAUGGUCGAUGAUCUCAGCAGUUUUUCUGCGAGUUAA